AUGGCAGAACCAUGGCCUGCAGAGCACGCGCCGAGUCCAGCACCGGCCAUGCGCAUCGCGUACCCCGCCGGCCUGGACCCCUUCAACCGCUCCGUGUCCGCCUACCUCGAGGAGCACUACCCGCCCAACUCACAUGACGGCCUCGCCACGUGCGCCAUGGUAUUCGACGCCGAGAACCGCAUCCUGCUGCUCCGGCGCGCCGCGCACGACAGCAUGCCCGGCCUCUGGGAACCGCCGGGUGGCGCAGCCGAUGAGCCGGACGGCAGCCUGCUCGUGAGCUGCGCGCGCGAGCUCUGGGAGGAAGCCGGACUCCUGGCGACGGAGAUGAUCCGCAUCGCGAGCGAGGGCGACGGCAUAGCGCCGGGCAACGUGUUUGGCAACCGCACGGGCGAGCGGGUCUACAGAAAGUUUGCGUUCGAGGUCGGCGUGUCGGGAUCGCUCGACGUCCAGCUCGACGCCCACGAGCACGAUGCCUAUGUGUGGGCGACGGAGGAGGAGAUCAGGUCGGGACGGGUCCCGGGUGUGGAGGGUCAUCUACAGCUCACGUUCGGCGCGACGCGCGAGCUCAUCUACGAUAGCUUUCGGCGGAGGAGGGAAGAGCCUGCGGAAACGCCGUCGCUGGUAGUGGAGAGGGAUGCUGCCGUUCUAUGA